AUGUGCUCACGCACCUACGGAACCCGCUUGAACAACAGUAAGGACGCCCUCUAUGAUGAACUCAACGUGUUGAUGUCUAAAAUACCAAGCCAGCAGCGGAGCGCACGUCGGACAACGGUGACCGACUUGUGCGAACAGACGGGCCUCAUCAUCGCUUCCACGUUUAAGAGGAAUCAUCGACGCCAUCAGCACACGUGGCAGGGGUCAACCCUUUUAACGCCUGAAGAGCAGCGCAAGCGGAAGAUGAGGACUCUUAAGCUUCAGUUCGACUACGUUCUGGCGAGGAACAUUCCUCAGUCAGAUAUCCGAAAAUCUAGAGCUGUUGGGGACGUCGCGUUCGACUCUGAUCACCGUCCAGUUCUUCUCAGCUUCAAGAUGCGGUUCCACAAGAGAAACCGAGGAGUUCCUCUUCAACCGAAAAUCGACAUGGCAGGUCUGAAAGACGAUGAAUGCAGAACAAAAUUCCGCCAACGUGCGUCUAUUCAUGUUGGAGUACGCACCAGGAAGAAUCUUAACGAUGCGGAUUCCUUCAUGAAGUGCAUCCAGGACGUUGCAAAGGAAACGCUCCCGGUUCUAUUGCCGCGGAAGAAGUUUGCCGCUGCAUCUGCGAAAACAAAAUCCACGUACAAUUGUCAAGACCGCGAUAACGAGUGGACGUCAAGAGCGAUGGAGUUUGAGAAGGCGUGGGAGGACAGAAACCCACGGAAAGCCUAUGCACUACUAAAACAGUAUAGCGGCAAAGAAGUAGCUGUCGGUGAAACAACCCUUCGAAUUUGGAGGGAACACUUCAAGACCUUGCUGAACCGGCUAGCACAAUCAGCUCCUGAACUCGAGCACGUUCAUACCGAACAGACUGACAUAUGCGGUUAA